CCCCCCCAACGUCGUAAGGGUCUGUAGCGUUGGCUUUGCAUCCUCACUAGCCCCUCUUGUCUCAAGCCUCAUAUUGCUUUUGUACCCCUUCCGCCGUCAUUCGGUACGGUCGUACAUGAGUUGUCCUAUGCAUCGAUGGAGACAGCACACAUUCAGGCCCUCCCUUUACGGAUGAUCGACAUUACUUCUUCGACUGCAUUUCUCCAUCAGAUGCAUCAUGCCGAAACAGUCUUGGGCUUAGCUGCCGUGUUGCAUUGGUUGCAAACGACGCAAAUUUUUUCUAUCUAUUCUCUUGAAGUCAGACUGCCACCUCACCGUGUCCUCGAUCUUGUCCUGUCCCGAGUCGAUCACCUAUAAGAACCCCAUCAAGCAGACGAUUCCUGCAAAGCAUAACGCCGUAUCCGCUACCCGCUCCUCUACUGUUCUCCCCACCACCACCGGCUCUACUUAAGCCUCUCGACCUCACCAUUCUAGCUCGGAAGACCGCCAUCAUCAUGUCUUAUUCUAGCUUUAGCUCCGGUGCUGCAACCUGGCAGGAGAGGCUCGAAGAAAAGUGCCGCGAAGCACAGAUCCACCCUCCAGUCUUCCAAAUUGUCUCUGACAGGCGUGGCGGGCGUACGGCGUGGUCCAGCACUGUUACCGUUCAAGGGCAGCAUAUCUCGGCUCGAUUCUGGUAUGACGGACAGUACGUCAACAAUGCGAAGGAGGACGCCGCUGAGGUGGCAUUAAAGCAUCUGAAUGGCUCAACUCCCAGUUCUCCUUCACAGAGUAGAACCGGAUGGUAGUGCCAUCAUGGGUUGCAGCCUCGUGAACGACGAAGCCAGCAUUGACUCGGUCAAUUUGCCUGUAGGAUAUGAAGGUUUUAAAGGGUUGCCAUACGGUAUGGCAAGGCAUGGAUUGGCGCAAAACAAGUGGCUUCUGGCGUCAGGUAUUGCUUAUGGUAUCACAGGACGGCGAGGGCGCUGGGGCUUGUCAGAAUAUGUUUGGAUAUGUUCAAUUUCUGGGGGUAGAAUCGAAAGGCUUAGACUCGAUCAUCUACUGUUUCCAACAAACCUUGAGCUUCUUGGUACAUAGUUUCAACAAAACAAGCCCCGUACGAUGCUUCGUUGAUACGCAGGCCA